AACACAGAGAUCAAAUUUUUUUCCCUUCCUUUAUGCUUACAAUAAUACAAGAGGCUACCACUGAUCUGGGUUUCAUCUUCUUCGUGCCAAUGCCCAUCUUCAUUAUCCGAAAUAAUGUGCGUCCUGUUGCCAAUUGUAACCUCAAUUCAAUUAUCACUUCACCACCCACAGGCUGUAAACACAGCAGGCUGGCUUGCAAAAUCCUACUUUGCCAGUGUUCUCAGGCGCCGCUGUUUGCAAACAGUGAGUCUAAAAUGUAAGCUACACGUACGUGUCUCUCUAUUGAUAUCUACGUAUGCACUUGCUCUCUAGCAGUCAUGUAAAUACUUGGUGAGACCGAUACAUAUUGCACUGGUUGGUUGCAAGUGUGGCCAGCCUGUGCAAACCAUCUGCGCUAAUCUCGGUAAGCUCGCUCGUUUUUUUUAGUUUCAGUUUUGCCAACCGAGAGCAACCUGCAUUGCGGUGUGAGCACUGUGAAAUGUGUUUCUAUCCUUUCCUCCAUGAAUGAGAAUUUACCGUACACUUCCUUGUUUCUGAAUUUGGCAGGCUGGACAACAGGAAGGAGGGAUUAUAUACGGCUCUGUUCAACCAUGGAGCUGCAGCUCAACAAAACCUCCUGAACAACCACUGCUGAAGUUAGCCUGAAUAUAUGCUGAGAAAGGUCUGGCUGGCCUAAACAAUGGCAUAUUGGAGGCGGAUCUGUGCUCGUCUGUGCAUGGCGUUCUCUACCAAAAACUGCCUCAGGGUCUUCAUUGUCCUGGUCUUGGUCACUGCAGCCUCAGUCUACUAUAACCUCUUCUUCUUCUUCACCACUAACUAUCUGGAGAACCGAGAUUUUGUAGGCGUGGACAAGUGCCCGGCCUGCUACGGCACCGUCAUGUGCCACGAGUUUAGCCAUGGUCACCUCAGCCUGUCCUCGUACUCCCGCAUGCGCUUUUUGGACAUUGUCAAUGUCAAAAACGUCUUCUUUGGCUGGCACAACGAGAAGAACGUUGACAUCAUUUUGAAGCGGCUCGCGCAUGACCAGGAGCUCGCCAGCUUUGAUGCCAGUGUGUGCAAGAAUGCAGGUGCCAGAAGAGACUGCGAUGUGGCCAGGAGCAUUUCCCAGACCAAAUUCUCUCGGGUUUUGGAGACGAGGUCGUUAGAGGUGGCACAUGUCGAGGACCUGUCGGAUGUCGUCCGCUGCCCCUCACAACGCCUCUUAGAGAGGAUUUGGAUGAUGUAUAAAGAUCAUGUUCCUGGGAACAGUUUAUCCAACGACCAGAAGAUGAUGCUGAUGACUAUGCUGGCUGUCAACCCAGAACCCAUUAUCUACAUGAUAUUUCCUAAAUCAGAGGGCUGGCCAUUCCCACAGUACUAUGGAGCCUGCGGUCGGCUAAUCGUGGAGGAGUAUGUCGGAAAGACAUUGGGGAGUUAUUUUAAUGCCGACUGGUCAAAACGCCUGGAUCUUGCCUACCAGGUGAUGAAAAUAGCUGAGCAGCUGACGAACAAUGAGCUGGAGUACGCCCUGUACUUAACAGACGUGUCCUUUGACAACUUUGCAGUCAACAAGGACGGAAGAGUUCUUAUCAUUGAUGCUGAAAAUAUUAUUGUCGUCGACAAGCGGAAGAUAAAGACAGAUGCUAAACCUUCAUGGAAUGAACGGCACCAGUCUUUCCACGAUGAAUGCAAGAGCCACCCAGGCUGCCUGUCCUUCUCCUCAGAGCUUCUCUGCAAGCGGCACAGCAGUGACCACAAUUACUACGCCAUGUGCCAUGGGCUGCUUGCCCAAAAUUCCGAGUGGGCAGGCACCAAAGGAGGCCUUCUACACGACCCGCCCGCCAACCUGCCGGAGCGGGAGCGGUUGAUUGGGCUGAUUGCCGAGUGUGAGAAGCCCAGCCAACGGAACGGCCGCUACGACGCCAUGCAGCAACUCUUACAGCUCCUGUCCCACCUGACGGACGGAAUGUAGACCGCAGAAAUGACCGCGGCGUGAUUGUCGUAAGUAGUGAUACAUCCUACCAAAAGAAGGUGAAAAUUGUUUUCUGUGAACCAAAUCUGUGUUUUUAACAACCAAAGCCAUGUGUGCAGAGUUUUAUUCUGAAAUUGUGUUGUGUUUUAUUGUUUGCCUGAUGUGUGGGCAUUGUACGUUUUAAGAAAGAUAAUGUGUUUAGACUCAAAUUCUAUAUCUUGAACGUGGACAAACUCUCCGUUCGUUUUUAUGAAAAAUGAUGAAAAAUUCAAGUGCAAUCCUGUACACAUACUGUAUGCUCUGUUAAGGUCAAAAAGGACUCCAGCCCUCCAUAGCUUUUUUAUUUCUGUGAUUAUAGCUCUCGUAUUCCUCGCUUUCAUUUUCAGUAUUGGCUGUUUGGUAAACGCUGUUCCAAAGCCCCAUGUACUGAUGAUGUAUCACAGUGUUUAUCGCAGUGUCUGGUGGGAUAAAAUGAGGGUCAUGGGUGUGGUGCACAUGUACGUGGCUAUCGUAUGCCAUGAGUAGGGGCAAUUGACGGACGUACAAGCUACAUUUGAUAACCGUUUGCAGUUGUGGAAGACAGUUCCUCCUGCAGAGUUUAAAAAAAAUGUUUACCCCAAAAAACUGACCUUUGGAGACAGAGAUAAUUGUACUCAUAUGCCUAUGACUGCAGGUUAUCAGUACAUAUGGCUAUCCUCCUAUUGUUUUGCCUAGCUUGUUGGUAUUGUCAAUGUCUCUGACCCAUUGUCCCAGUCUUUGUCACAGUUGGUCACAUUUUUGUCACUGUGAUUGUCAUGAUAUGUGUGGUGCAGAGAACCUUAAGGUUGUGCCGAGAACCUUAAGGUGGUGCAGAGAACCUUAACCACUUACUGCCGGGUGGAAUUUGAAGUUGCAUGACGUAAAACUGGAUGAUUUUCAAGAUUUU